GGCAGGGAGAGUCUCAUCGCCACCGGGCCCGGCCAGCACAGCAUCGGCAGCUCGCAGGGCGACGAAAAUGGAAGAAACGAUGUUAUAGUGGCGGAUUGGGCGUCGGCGGGGUCUCGCCCAUAGGCCCCAACUAUUUGAGAACAGCCUCCUCAUCUGGGAAUCUGAAACUCCAGCUGUCAAGAUGAUGGAGCUCCAGAUAGACGAGGUGGUCUACCAGGACGACUACGGCUCCGUGUCCGUGAUGUCGGAGCGGGUGUCGGGCCUGGCCAACAGCAUCUACCGGGAGUUCGAGCGGCUGAUCCGCAGCUACGACGAGGAGGUGGUGAAGGAGCUGAUGCCGCUGGUGGUGAACGUCCUGGAGAACCUGGACGCGGUGCUGACGGAGAACCAGGAGCACGAAGUGGAGCUGGAGCUGCUGAAGGAGGACAACGAGCAGCUCAUCACCCAGUACGAGAGGGAGAAAGCGCUGCGCAAGCAGGCGGAGGAGAAAUUUAUUGAAUUUGAGGAUGCGUUGGAAGCUGAGAAGAAGGACCUGCAGAUGCAGGUGGAGUGUCUGGAGCUGCAGGGGAAGCAGCUGGAGCUCAAGACCAAGAACUAUGCCGACCAGAUCACCCGGUUGGAGGAGCGGGAGUCCGACAUGAAGAAAGAGUACAACGCUCUGCACCAGCGUCACACUGAGAUGAUUCAGACGUACGUGGAGCACAUAGAGCGGUCCAAAAUGCAGCAGGCGGGGAGUAAUAGCCAACCAGAGGGCCAGGGCUGUGGACGAACUCAACGCCACACAUGGAGGAAAAGCAGCAAAACGGAGCGCCCACCGUCGUUGAGCCUGUACCCCAGCGGCGAGGGCAUGGUACGUGGGGGUCUCGGGGGGGCUAGGAUGAUGCCCGGGAAAGACAUCUGGCAGGAGGACGGCUCAGAGUCAGACUCCGUGGCGGCCACACCCAGCAGCACAGGGAGCAAGUCCAACACGCCCACCUCCUCCGUCCCCUCCGCCACCGUCACCCCCCUCAACGACGGCUUCCAUCCGCACUCCGAGUUUGAGGCGAUGCGCGGCGGAAACCGCCGGAAAAGUGCCAAGCGGCUCAGUAGGAAUAUGGAGGUGCAGGUGUCGCAGGAAACCAGGAAUGUUAGCAUUGGUAUGGGUAGCAGCGAUGAAUGGUCCGAGUUUCAGGAGAUCAUUGACUCUACCCCUGAGCUGGAUAUGUGUGUGGACCCGCGUGUGUACGGAGGAGGAAACAGCCCCUCCCAGGGCAUCGUGAACGAGGCUUUUGGCAUCAACACCGACUCUCUCUACCAUGAGAUCAAAGACGCCAAGUCGGACAUCAUCGGAGAUGUGGAUGCAGGAGCUGAGCUUCUAGGGGAGUUCUCAGUCCGCGAUGAUUUCUUCGGGAUGGGCAAGGAGGUGGAGAACCUGCUGACGGAGAACAAACAGCUCUUAGAGACCAAAAAUGCUCUGAACAUAGUGAAGAACGACCUUAUUGCCAAAGUGGAUGAGCUGUCGGGGGAGCAGGAGGUGCUGAGGGAGGAGCUGGAGGCGGUGCGGCAGUCCAAGAACAAGGUGGACUCCAGAGUCAAGGAGCUGGAGGAGGAGCUCAAGAGGUUAAGAGCCGAGGCCCUCGGAGCAUCUCAGGACUCCAAGGAUGAAGGAGGUGACGAUUAUUCGUCUCCCAUGCAGGACGGGGACAUGACCAUGACCCAGCGGCGGCGGUUCACCCGGGUGGAGAUGGCCCGCGUGCUCAUGGAGAGGAACCAGUACAAAGAGAGACUGAUGGAGCUGCAGGAAGCCGUGCGGUGGACAGAGAUGAUCAGGGCGUCCCGAGAGAGUCCGCCGAUUCAGGAGAAAAAGAAGUCCACCAUCUGGCAGUUCUUCGCCCGUCUCUUCAGCUCAUCGUCCAGCCCUCCACCGGUCAAGCGGCCCUACUACAGCGUCAACAUCCACUACAAGUCGCCCUCGCCGGCCGGUUUCCCCCAGCGACGCAGCCACACCAUGUGCCAGAUCUCCACCUCCAAUCGCACGCUGGAGUUCUUCCCUGAAGAACUGGCCAGUAACGGUGUUGCGUCUCUCCUCAGUGACUCGGCACUGUCGGCCCGCCGAGAGCAGCGGCGCGAACAGUACCGGCAGGUCCGUGAGCACAUGCGCCGCGAUGACGGCAUCAUGCAGGCCUGCGGCUGGAGCGUGCCGUCUCGCUUCAAGCAGACUGGAGGUCAGACGGACAGCGCUCAGGACGGCCCGCUGAAGAGGCAACAGACAACCAAUGAGAAAGAGGACAACCGCAUGAAGAAUGUUCCUGUCCCUGUGUACUGUCGCCCCCUGGUAGAGAAGGACCCCAACAGGAAGCUGUGGUGUGCAGCGGGAGUGGACCUGACAGGAUGGAGGGCCUGCAGCCAGGAGCCAGCAGCACCAAAGGCAGUGUCCAGCAGCACUGACCCCCUGAACACGGAGGAGGAGGGAAACGACACCAAGAGCAACCACAGCUCCCCGGAGAAGAGGAAGUCGAAGGAGCUGCAGGAAACAGACACCAUGAGCAGUCGUGUGUGGAUCCUCACCAGCACCCACUCGGCCAGCAAGGUGGUCAUCAUUGAUGCCAACCAGCCAGGCUCGCUGGUCGACCAGUUCAACGUCUGUAAUGCCCACGUGCUCUGCAUCUCCAGUGUGCCAGCUGCCAGUGAGAGCGACUAUCCUGCAGGGGAGAUUGUGCUGGAUCCAGGUGAUGGAGGAACUGGGGGCGGAGAGGAAGCUGGCGGCAUGGAGGGCAUGUUGGCUGGCAUCACCCUCGUCGGCUGUGCCACCAACUGCAGCGUGGCACGCAGCAACUGCUCCUCACGCACCGACACCCCCAUACUGGACAAAGGACAAGCCCCCGUCGCUCCCCCCAUGAACGGGAAGCUUCACCCCGCCCAGUCAGCCGAGGAGGCCACCGAGGCCACCGAGGUGCCCGAGCCAGCAGCCAGCCACACACAGGGGGGAUCAGGACCCCCGGGGCCCUUCACUGAACACGUCUUCACCGAUCCCCAGCCUCGCCCAGCAGAUGCCGCCGACAGCAGAAGUGCAGGCCAAUCCAAAGAGGAGACAUCUGUGCCCCAGGAGGCGGAGGACGCAGGCGAUGACGCCAAGAACUUCACCAGCGUAGCCCCCACCAUGUGGCUGGGCUCCCAGAACGGCUGGCUUUAUGUCCACUCAGCAGUUGGCAACUGGAAGAAAUGUCUCCACUCCAUCAAACUGAAGGACUCCGUGCUCAGUCUGGUGCAUGUGAAGGGCCGCGUGCUGGUUGCCCUCGCUGACGGGACCCUCGCUAUAUUCCACAGAUCAGAGGAUGGCCAGUGGGAUCUGUCCAACUACCACUUGAUGGAUCUUGGUCGGCCACAUCACUCCAUCCGCUGCAUGGCGGUGGUCCACGACAAGGUGUGGUGCGGCUACAAGAACAAGAUCCACGUCAUCCAGCCCAAGAGCAUGCAGAUCGAAAAGUCAUUCGACGCCCACCCCCGCAGGGAGAGCCAGGUGCGACAGCUGGCGUGGAUCGGCGAUGGCGUGUGGGUGUCCAUCCGGCUGGACUCCACCCUGCGUCUCUACCACGCGCUCACACACCAGCAUCUCCAGGACGUGGACAUUGAGCCCUACGUCAGCAAGAUGCUCGGAACUGGCAAGCUGGGCUUCUCUUUUGUGCGAAUCACGGCGCUGCUGAUUGGUGGAAACCGUCUUUGGGUGGGGACCGGGAACGGUGUGGUCAUCUCCAUCCCACUGACAGAGACGGUAGUCCUUCACCGGGGACAGCUCCUGGGGCUGAGGGCCAACAAGGUGUCUCCGACGUCUUCUGGAGGUGUGAUCCACGUGUACGGUGAUGACAGCUCGGAGAAGAGCAGCGGCAGCUUCAUCCCCUACUGCUCCAUGGCCCAGGCCCAGCUCUGUUUCCAUGGACACCGGGAUGCUGUCAAGUUCUUCGUCUCUGUUCCAGGCAACGUUCUGGCCACACUUAACGGCAGCGUGCUGGACAGCCCGUCAGAGGGGCAGGGCUCCACAGCGCCCCCAGAGGCCGAGGCCCAGAGUGUUCAGAAUGUGCUGGUGCUGAGUGGAGGAGAGGGUUACAUUGACUUCCGCAUAGGUGACGGAGAGGACGAUGAGACGGAGGAAGGGGAGAACGGCGGCGCUCCGCAGAUCAAGCCUGCGUUGUGCAAAGCCGAGCGGAGCCACAUCAUCGUCUGGCAGGUGUCCUACGUGCCGGAGUGACACCUGGGCCUCUCGUUAUUGCCCCACCCACCUCCUUAAAGACCCCCCCACCCUCCCAACACACACCUCCAACCACUCAAACCUUGUAUUUAUUCCUGGUCAUGUAAAAGUUUACCCUUGGCUCUAAAAUGACCCCCCCCCCCCCAACUCUCUGUAUCUUCCCUUGUAACUAUUAUAUCCCCCCUGCCCCAUCACCUUGUAACUAUCUUUAUUGCCUUGUAAGUACUUCCUCUGAUCCAAUAAUCUAUUGCCUGCCAUCCUAUUUCUGUCCCAUCCAGGCCAUUGUAACUAUCUUCAUGAGCCUUGUAACCCAGCCUCAUAACUACCUCCCUCCUCUGUAUCGAUCUUGUAUUCCACCCUGUAAGUACACUGUAUCUCCUAUAUUUACCUCAAAUGUCCUGCAUCGGCCCCAGAGUUACUCUUCUUCUUCUUCUUCCUCCAUUUAUGGUUUGUCCUCCACCAAACCUCCACCUUGUCUUGAGGCGAAGCCCAGAGCUCCAAACCCCACCGUGCAUCCAAUUGUACCAGCAAAAUAGGUACAAGAAAGUGAAUGACAACACUGACUUGCAUUGCCACCAGAAUGCAGCAUCCCAACUUCCUGGGAAACAGCCACUCAGCAGCCCACAACUACCCAUGUCAUGACUUGAAUAGAGUACGCGCCACCCUUUUGCCGGAUUAAAAUUAAAUGAAGACUCCUGAUUGGUGAAUAAUUUGCAGUUUUAAGGAGCUAUGGAGUGAAUGGAUGCAGAUGUAAGUAAUGGGUCAUUCUGUUUUGAUUUUUCACAGCCGCAUAUGAGUUCAGAAUAAGUAGGUUUUGUGUGUGUGUGAGACUGAAAAAAAAAAAAAAAAAAUAUCUGGUGAGAGGUAAAGCACCAAACUCCUGUUUUGGUUUGAAGAUAAUCUAGUGGAUGGAAAAGGUGGUUAAGAUUAUUGAGAUUUUGAGGGUAAGUUGGUGAAUCAACAGCACCAAAUGUCAAAUCCAAAUUUUGUUGAAUUCAGCACAAAGGCAGGAGAGACUCCGAGCCCCGUUUUAUCCAUCACUGCUUGGAUCACACCCAGGAAGACAAGCCUGCGUUUUGGCUGUUACAAAGUCAAAUGGGAUCAGCUCCUAUUGUGCUAUUAUCGCUGCAUAAGUGUCUUAGUGGAUGAAUGACAAAUCGGCAUGUUGUAUGUGCUUAUUUUCUACCCUCAUAAAACCCAUAUUAGGGGAUAAUGACUUCAGUCCAUUGGGAACAUCGGUGGGUGGUUACUGACUCAAAAUGACAGGAAUUAUUAAAGUGCAUCAUGUAAAUUAAAGGCCAGAGGACCCUAGGAGUCAGGCCAAAACAUGCUCACACCCUUGAGGUGAGUGAGCGUUAAUAUAAAAACCAGGCACAGGGGUGGAGCUGAAACCAAAAGUGUCAAGGGUUCGAUCCUCAGUAGAGAAGUCCGAAAGACAACCUGCACUAAAAAGCUUGCGACUCAUUUCCCCCGCUCUCUCAUGUGACCGGCUGUCAGGGCGACAGUUGAAUGCGAGGCUGGUGAAUGGUGGCAUGUUGUCAUUACGACGUGUACAGGGAUACUGUAAAUCUCCAGACACACUGAAGCCCAUCCCCUUUGUUCAGUAUGGAAACUCAUACAUUGAUCUCUAUAUGUGUGGAUUAAAUAUUAAACAUAUUUGUGUGCUGAAAAACCA